GCGGGGCUCCAGCCAGGUGCAGCGCCUGCGAGGCUCUGGGCUUGGCUGGGACGUGCACACCGCGCUCCUCGGCUGCUGAGCCCCUAGACUGAGUCCCUUCGGAUACCCCAGAGUCUGGCCCAGAUAUGAAAGACUAAGGCAGGGUGAAUGUGCAGAGCUCAACCCUGAUACCCUCCACCAAGAACUCCAUGCAGGUGCCACAGGAUAAAGAUGACCUUGCCUGCCAGCCCUGGUACCACGGUCAGCUGUCUCGACAGGAAGCUGAAGCCCUUCUGCUACAAGAUGGUGACUUCCUUGUCCGUGCCUCAGAGUCCCGAGGGGGCCACCCCGUGAUCUCCUGCCGAUGGCGAGGCAAGACCCUACAUUUUGAGGUGUUCCGAGUGGCACUGCGGCCCAGGCCCGGCCGCCCGCAGGCCCUCUUUCAGCUAGAAGACGAGAGGUUUGCCAGCAUGUCUGCCCUGGUCCACAGUUACAUGACCCACAGGCGACCGCUGUCCCAAGCCACGGGAGCUGUGGCCUCCACGCCUGUGAGUCGUCAGAGGCUGCUGACGCGCAGCUUCAGUGAGGACGUGCUCACGGACAGCCGAGCUGCCACCGGCCCUCUCAGGCCUAGGAAGUGGAGUUCCAGCCAGCCUGCCGACUUGGACCAUUCAGGAAGGGGCCAGGAUGGCGCCAGGGCAGGAGCGCCCCCUACUCUUGGAUCUGCCCUGCACCGGACAGGCAGUGAACCCACAUUGCUGAAGGCGCUGCCUCACCUGGGAACUAUGGCAGACAGUCUCCGAGCCUCUGAUGGACAGCUCCACGCCAAGGCUCCCUGCAAGCCGCUCCGGACACCCUCCUCGGCCGCUGGGCACACCCCAACGUACUGCGAACUCCUCCCCCGAGUACCCAGUGCUCAGAGAACGACUCCCAGACCAAGCUGUCCAGAGCCAGAGGCCAGGUGGUGGGAAGCCGAGGAGGAAGAGGAGGAAGGCGACAGAUGCUUUGUAAGGCCACAAGCUGAGGUCUCAUUUUGCAUCCCUGACCACCCCUCUUGCCUGCUGGGACCCCAAAAUCGGCCCUUGGACCCUACAGUUUUGGGCACUCUCCGAAGCUUGUUUGUGGCACACCAUCCUGGGAGUACUGCUCUGCACCUGCUGUUGGUGGAUUGCCAGGCUGUAGGCCUGCUGGGGGUGACCAAGAGUCAGAGGAAUGCCAUGGGUGUCGCCUCUGGUCUAGAACUACUCACACUUCCUCACGGUCAUCUCCUAAGGUUGGAGGUGCUGGAGAGGAUUGAGACCCUGGCGCUGGCCGGGGCCGUGGCUGUGCUGGGUUGCUCGGGGCCCCUGGAGGAGCGCACAGCGGCUCUGAAAGGCCUGGUGGAGCUGGCGUUGGCGCUGAGGCCAGGAGCCACAGGGGACCUGCUGGGACUGGCUGGGGUCAUGGGCGCCCUGCUCAUGCCCCAGGUAUCCAGGUUGGAGAGCACUUGGCGUCAUCUCCGACGGAACCACACGGAGACUGCACUGGCCUUUGAACAAGAGCUGAAGCCUCUGAUGCGGGCUCUGGAUGAAAGUACAGCCCAGAUCCUACCCUUCCCACAGGACCCUGCAACCCAGGAGAGGUGGCCCUGCCACACGUGGGACCAGCAGUGCGCCUGCUGGAGGGCGAGGAGACCUCUGGGCCGCUGGACGAGUCCUGUGAUCGGCUGCUGCGCACCCUGCUUGGGGCGCGCCAAGUGGCCCGCGAUGCACCCCAGUUCCGAAGGGCGGCAGCCCAGCGCCUACAAGAUCAAGGGGCCCCCGACCCUGCUAACCCCUGCCCAGGCACUCCCCAAUGGAUCAAAGUUCCUAGCGCUAAGACAGGCAUGGGAGAGGCCUGAGCCACACCCCACACCCCAUAGGCACCUGACUCUGCCUAUAGGAUUCAGGCCCAACCCAGAACUAUGGGAGGCACUGACCACCAGCUUCCUGCGCCGCUUACUCUGGGGGAGCAAGGGGGCCCAGGCCACCAGAGCCCACCGCCUGGAGAAGUUCCAGCAUGUCCUCAACAUCCUGUCCCAGCAACUAGAGCCUCAGGGCUGAGAGCCCGGCCCCCGUUUUAUACUUGAGAGACCCCAAAGAGGCUGCCCCCAGCUAUUCAAGAGGCUAUGAAAUGAAGUGGCCCACACCUGUAACUCCAGCUCUUGGAAAUGGAGAUGGAAGGCUCAGCAGUUCAAGGCCAGCCUCUGCUACGUAAGUUUGAGGCCAGACUGGGCUACAUGAAAAUUAUGGGAAAAAAUUUUUUUAAAAAAAUGCCCCCUCCCACGUUCAAAGUUUACAAGAAUCUCCCUCUUAAAAUGGACCCCAAGAGAUUGGGGUGUAAUAGCUGCCUCCUUUUUUACCAAAAUACCUAUUCAGGUACCCAGAGGCCAAGCCUCACACUCCCGUAUGUACCCCUUACUCAUCCAUGCAUACUUUCUGAGAUAUCCAGAAGGCAACCACAUGGUGAAUGUGUGACUUUUCUAAAUAAAAACACCUUACAGAUCUGGUAUCAACAAA